AAAUAUGAAAAACUGCAACCUCUGUGCAGUAUCCUCGGUACCCCUAUUGUGAACACUGACUGAGACAAAAAUGGGUUCCCCAGUGCUUGUGGUAUUCUUGACAGGAACAGUUUUAGCAAUUCUGCACUCUACUAACGCCUUAUCCGAUGACAAUAAAGAGAAGAUCAAACAAGACAUGGUGCCGAUAGUGAUGGAGUGCGCCAAAGAACAAGAGAUCAACCCUGAAGACCUGAAAGAACUGAAGGGAGCGAAGACCCUACCAGAAGACAAAGAUAUGAUGAUGCCAUGCUUCUUCGCUUGCACGUUCCAGAAGAAUGGCAUGAUGGAUGACAAUGGAAUGUUCUUGCCUGAAGCCACGAUAAAGAAUGGAAAGAAAUACGCCGAGAAUGAAGAAGAGGAAAAGAAGAUGGAGGAAAUUGCCAAGGCCUGCGCGCCAGUGAACGAUGAGUCAGUGAGCGGUGACAAGCAGAAAUGCCAGCGCGCGUGCCUCCUCUACGCCUGCUUAGCGGAACAAGCUGAAAAGCACAACAUUAAAAUGCACGAGUAAAUUCCACGGAAGACGUUACCAUUACCAUCGACUUUCAUUUGUUUAAAAUGAUCUAAAAAGUUAGUUCGUAAUAAACGAUUAUACAAUAUACGAGUAAUAAAAGUUA